AUGAAUGUCUUGAUGCAGGGCAUCUUUGUUGGAAUUGCGUGGUUCAAUUUUCUUGAGCCGGACGUGGACGACACAACAGUACGGGAUGCCUUCCGCUGGCGUGAGUCAUCUGGUCAUUCUUUGACUGAGUACGAUGCGGUUUCCGGAUCUUCUCUGGCAGAGAGAGUGUGUAAUGGGGACAAGUCUCUGCACUUGUCCGGGGUCCAGAUGACCCUCUACGAGGACAUACAGAAGUAUCUUAAGCCAGGACAAGAGGGUGUGUCUGCAUAUUUCACUGGCCAAGUUCUUUGCAUGGUGGCUCUGGUUGCUAGGCUCAAAGUCACCAGUCUGGAACUGCAAAAAAAAAGCAUGUGGAUCUGCGUUGCAGUGCACUGCAGAGCGUCCAUCCCAGGUUUGCUGGUAUCUGAUGGUGGCCAAGGACCGGACCGCAGGGAGGUGAGCCACGCCUUGGCCCUGCAUCGUGGCAUCGCCGCUGUGCCUCGAGGUUACAACAAGCUGGAGCCCAGGGAAAAUCCCUUCACCCAAGUCACCCACUACAGGCUGACGUCCAUUACACGACGGCGCGUGUUUGCAAGUGGUGUCCUCCUGGCAUACCGACUUGUGGCGGCCGCCCUCCUCAUCUACGUCGGCACCUACUUCUUAGUUUACACUGUCAAUGUCACAGAGCUUAUCUUGAAUGCAGUGGCCUUGGAAAUUAUUCUCGACAUAGACGACCUGAUCUUUGAUGCCUUGGCGACGACGCCUGGCAGACACCUCGUCCACCACUUGGAACCGCUGCCCAUGCCCUCUUUUCCUCGUUUCCGCGGAGCAGACAGCAAAGCACUUGUGAUGAGCCUCCUGAUUCCGGGCAUAUCGAUUCUCGUGUACAUUCUGAUGCUGGCGCCCAUGGUGCAGACGCUGCAGUCAGUGUCCGAUGAGUUGUGCGGUGGGAACUUGAAAUUCGUGUGGCACCUCGACAAGCGGAACAUCACCGUUCUUGCACCAACAAGCGGGGAUGGAUGGAAUGAUGUUGCUGGGAUUCAGAUUCAAGCCAUUCAGGAGGCCCAAAGAGCACAGAGCUUGCAAAGUCUGCAAGGUGCAGACAACACUCAGUACGGCGUCUGGUUAUCGAAUGUAAAUGCAUUGCUAGACACCAGCGAAUAUUCUUUGGACACCUUGGUUGACAUGAGCAACGCUGCGUGCGGAGACCUUGCAACUGGUGUGCCGAUGCUGAACUACUUACGCGAGGGAUUGGAGAAUCAAAGCCUCACAGGAUGUGCUGAUGCUUCUAUGUACUGCAAUUCAGUUUCGAAGAUGCCAGGGUGGGAACUGGAUGGCGGCAAAGGCUAUUUCACACGUAUGCUAUGCUCUGAAACAUGCGGCUGCUCCAAUCCCGGUGGCAGUUACUUCUUUGUAGACGGCUGCCCCUAUGGAAAGAAGCGGCCAUGCUACUCAUCCACCCCAUUUCAAGAGACUCUGCAGACAACGUCUUGCCAGGAGAAGACACCUCAGGAGCUGCGCAGCUCCACAACGUGGUUGAGCUGGGUCACUGCUCUUCGCAGCUUUGCUGAUGCAGGCCAUGGUCUGCAAGGGCAGGCUGAGGCUCGGCUGUUGGCACAGGCAAUGUGGGACCAUGGAUGCGGCUUCGGAGAAAACCUUACUGCUCAAAAUAUUUCCUGGGGCGACUGCUUUGAGUGGGGCUCGACCUUUGAUUGGAAUUUCAAGACGCUUGACUUCUUCUGUCCGGUCUCCUGUGGAUGUGACGGCAGUCGCCGGGACACAGCAUGCCCCACCCCUCAGGGAAUGACAUGCGACGAGGCCGAGGAGUGCGUUUUCAUCGACAACUGGUAUUUCUGUCGAGGCAAUGUGGAGGUGAUUGAUGGAAUUAUGCAGCUUGAAAUAAACGAUCUGAUGCUCGCUGGCGCCCACGCAGCGGAAUUUGAAUCUGCUUUGCAAAAAACGGUGGCCAACAUAUCAGGCGACGUACCUCCUGACGCAAUCAAGGCCCAUGCUGCAAUUGCACCAGUGCCUGGGGCGCCUUCGAGACUUUUAGCUCAGCUUUCGGUCGAGAUGAACAUUUUCUUGACCUCCCCGAGGGUGUCCCGGAGCGAGGUGGAGCAGAGAAUUUCUGCUUACUCGCCUGAGCAGCUUUCCUCGUUGUACAGCUCAAAACUUUCAGAGCUCUCAGUGGACGUUUCUGCCAUUGGAGUUUCCGUUUCAGGCUUGUCCCUAAUGGGCCAGAAGCGCGAGACGUAA